UCCCCUCUCUUCUCCGGCUUAGCGUGCAUCUGAGAUAAACAUUUGAGAGGUGGAGGGUGACAAGAGAACUUAGGGGAAGACUUAAGGGACGACGGGAAUAUACCGAGAGGAGGAGGAGAACUGUGGAUAUGGAUGCCCUGGCAUUAGAGGCCACAGGCAAUAAAAGGGUGGCUAACGGGGCGGUUGUGCCUGCCCCACUGCCGGUUCAAGCCCCGACUAAACGCAAACCUGCCAAAAAAGCUAAAAAGGCUGUUGUUUUCUUUGAGGUGGAGAUUCUGGACGCCAAGACCAAGGACAAGCUUUGCUUCCUGGACAAGGUCGAGCCAAAUGCCACCAUCGGAGAGAUCAAGUCUAUGUUCCACAAGAGCCAUCCUCAGUGGUACCCAGCUAGACAGUCUAUUCGCCUUGACCCCAAGGGGAAGUCUCUGAAGGAUGAGGAUGUUCUGCAGCAUCUUCCUGUAGGAACUACGGCGACCUUCUAUUUCAGAGACCUGGGGGCUCAGAUCAGCUGGGUCACAGUUUUCCUAACAGAGUACACUGGUCCACUGGUAAUCUAUCUGUUGUUCUACUUCAGAGUUCCCUUCAUCUACCCGCCCAAAUAUGACUUUACCACCAGUAAACACUGGGUCGUACAUCUUGCCUGUAUGUGCCACUCUUUCCACUACGUUAAGAGGCUCCUGGAGACGCUUUUUGUCCACCGCUUUUCGCAUGGAACAAUGCCAUUACGCAACAUCUUCAAGAACUGUACCUACUACUGGGGCUUUGCAGCAUGGAUGGCCUAUUACAUCAACCACCCAUUGUAUACACCACCCAUUUAUGGGGAGCAACAGAUCAGAAUUGCCCUCAUCAUAUUCUUGUUCUGUCAGAUCGGCAACUUCUCCAUCCACAUUGCUCUUCGGAACCUCCGUCCACCAGGCUCUAAGACCAGGAAGAUUCCCUAUCCAACCAAGAACCCCUUUACCUGGAUCUUUCUGCUGGUCUCCUGCCCCAACUACACCUAUGAGCUGGGCUCCUGGCUUGGCUUCACCCUCAUGACCCAGUGUCUGCCAGUGGCCUUCUUCACACUGGUGGGCUUCAUCCAGAUGACCGUUUGGGCCAAGGGGAAGCACCGCAGCUACCUGAAGGAGUUCCGCGACUACCCUCCUCUCCGCUCACCCAUCCUGCCUUUCAUCCUGUAGAGGACUAGUCAGCGCUGCUGGUUUGCAGGAAUCCUGUGCAGUCCUUUCCUUCCUCCAAAAUCUACACUGGAACCUCUUGGACUGACUGAAAGAAUAAGAACCUAUUCUUUUUUCUUCUUCUUUAGGUUCAACCUUCAUUUUCCGUUCCUGUAAUCAGCCCCCUUUUUGUGUUGUGUGAAAAUGUAAAACACUAUUGUUCUAGUUCUUUUUUUUUUUAUUACGGACAAACAAACCCAUUCUGACUGGUUAACUGAGUUGACGUACAUUUGCUCUCCCAGAGCAGUUUUCACCUUUAAACUCCCAAUGUCUAUAGAACGAUUUCCUGUGCAUCGUUUUUUUUCUUUUUCCCAUCUAAUACUGCUGUUUAUGACUCAAAUUUGCAUCUGGUGACAUCUCCAUAAAUCCAAAUCUGAAACCAAAACAGAAUUUAAUUUGUUGAUGUCUGAUGUAAUUUAUUAAAAAAGUAAACCAA